AUGACCGAGGAUCCGAUGACUUUCGCACGUUGUGCCAUAAUCCAGGUCUCUUGUAUCGCGACUUCGCUGAGAACUAGGCGCCAGCAAGGAUCGUGCAUAUUGUUCGGGAAUGAACUCUUUCAACUCUCCAAGAACAUCGGCAUGACCGGUCUGGGCCAGGAGGACGGCUUCCGAUUGCGGAUUCUCAAUAUAUUGCGAGAUAUAGAAGUCAUCUGCAAUCUGCCAAGGCCAGUACCAGACAAUGAGUACCCCCUCCUCAAGAAGGUAACAAGAUCGAACGUGAAUGGAAGAUCUUAUGAACAUGCUCGGAGGAGAAUCGGACGAGGACUCAAGCGUGCGACAAAAUCGAGCGCUCUCAUCCAGGUCACUUAUGAUAUCCACGAAUUCAACCGCGAUUGCAAGGCACUGAAGCGCGAUCAGAGCCAUGGGGUCACUGCCUUGAGAAGAACCAUUCCACCAGGGGUCUCGAGAUAUGCCAACGAACUCGCCUCCCAGACGAUACGCAAGCAAAUGCACUGUACCUGCCAGAGCGACGAGAUGGGAGAGAGCACGCACCGAGAACAUUUAAUGUGCCUCUUGCUAAAGUCACCAGCUACACUAGCGACCGAUGACGGCUUGGUGCAUUUUGACAUGCUUUUCUCGUCUAUGCCUUUGUCGAACGAGUCACAGCUCAGCCGCUGGCAGGAUGUAGAGCUGCUUGUGCCAAACAGUAGCCGUGGAGAUAAGCAUGCCAGUAUCGUACCUGCAGGCCCUCUGGCGCCAGUCGAAGAAGGCAGAUUCUGUGAUUGGAUUACCGCCGCGGCCAACCGGCGCCUUUGCCUCUCUAUACAAGACGGGGAGCUUGAACACUCCUUUGAGAAUCUCAAGCGCAGGAUAGAUCAUGUGCCUGCUAUUCCUUUAGCCAGCAUUCUCAGCGAAUCCCGUCUGACAGCCCGGAUGAAGCUUAUACUAGCCUACAUAAUAGCUUACUCGGUCUGGCAGUACUACGACUCAGAAUGGAUGAAUAUCAUGUGGACCAGCGAUGUCGUGCGGUUUAUGAGAAGAAGUGAUCCCUCCAAGCGCAAGAUUCAUAUUUUUACCACUGAGCCUUAUGUAUCGGUACAUCUCAAUCAAGAAGGACCCUUUUGCGAUGAUGAAAUUGACAUUGCUGGUAUGGUUCAUAAGCACCCCAAGAUUAUAGGGCUUGGUGUUAUGCUAGUUGAGAUAGCCAUGGGUGUUCCAUUCUGCGACAACGACAAGCAGUCACUGUCUUUAGCUGCCAAAGUGAAUAGCGAGCUACUCACUGCCCUAGAAUACACAAGCGACAUGAGCCGAUGGGAGGAUUUUGAAUAUCCAGACUACAUGAGCGCAGUUCGUCAUUGCCUGGAACCUGACCAGUUCGAUCCUUAUAUCGAGGGAUCGUCUGCCUCCGAACAGAAGCAGAGACUCCAGCGACGGAGAAAUGUUUUGUAUGAGAAAGUUCUGCUUCCGCUCGAGAGCCUUCUACGAGGCACGAAAUGGAUGGAUGAUUUCGCAGGAGUCGCCCCGCUGGAUAUCCUAUCCUCCAACACGAGGUGCACUAAAAGCAUGAGAGAAGCUAAGGAAUGGCUUUCGCGCCUGGAUAGCUUUCAUGAAGAACUGGAUCAAGUAGCACCGGCAGGCGGGCUAGACAUCCCCCGGCGACCGGUACGUAUCGCGAUCCUGGAUACCGGGCUGGAUGAAAAAAGUCAUAUGUUUUCUAUCCGACCUUACACGGAGCGACUUAAAGGAUGGAGGGACUGGGUCGAUGGGUCUGCCCAGCCACAAGAUUGCCAUGGACAUGGCACUCAUCUGGUGUCUCUUGUCAUGAGAUGUGCACCCGAAGCUGAUAUCUAUGUCGCGCGCAUUGCCCGAGAUCAAGAUCAACUUGGGGAAUCCAGCACGCACGUAGCAGAGGCCAUUUUGUGGGCAAGUCGAGACUGUGAAGCCGAUAUCAUCUCAAUGUCGUUUGGCUCUUUAAACGAAAAGCCGUGCGUCGAUCACGUCAUUAAGCAAGUCGUAAUGGAACGCGAAAAUCGCAUUCUAUUCUUUGCUGCGGCUUCUAAUCACGGGGCCAACGACAGAGAAAUGUAUCCUGCUCGGUACGACUCUGUCAUAUCGAUCCGCGCAACGAAUUCAAAGGGAGGAUUUGAAGAUUUCAAUCCACCAAAAUGCGACUACGAUGGUUUCGUUUUCGGUACUCUUGGGGUAGAUGUCCCCUCUCUGUGGCCCGGCUCGGGUGAUAAUAAUGUCAAACACCAGUCAGGAACAUCCAUUGCCACCGCCAUUGCAGCCGGUAUAGCAGGCUGUCUUCUAGAAAUCGCCAGUUCUCAGACCCCCGAUAAGCCAUUCCAUGAUAUCAAGGAUAUAGCACGGGAACUGCGGGGAAUGCGUGAAUUAUUCUUGGCUCUGUCCUCUGAGACACUACAGGCAGGAUAUCGGUACUUGAAGGUUUGGGACUUGAUGGGCAAGUCGGAGGAUGACCGGUGGGCCAUGCUGGGAAGCGCAUUAUCUAAGGCUGGAUCUGAUAGACAAAAAGCAUCUGUCAUUUAG